UGCCUUGUUAGGAGGGUUUAUUUUUGGCUUAUCAGACAUUGCUUUAGAUGAACCACUUGGGGAGUUUUCAGUCCCGGGCUUAGACAGAUCAAAAACAUUUUCCCAGUUCUUAGAAAGAGAUGGAGAUCUAAGGCGAGCGAGAGGACAGGGAGAGCUCAAGCAACUCUUCCAUCAGAUAAUUCUGCUGCUGCCUCGCUCCGUGAUGCAAAGAGAAACCGAGAGUUUAAAUCGUAGGAUGUGUCAAUAAACCACCAAUUUUAAAGUACGCACACAGCAGACACCUCCGGAGAAAAAUACCGCUGGGGCCUGCUAAUUGGAAACAAAAGAGGAAGUUGGCACACUCCUCAAUGUCAUCCAUGUGCUUCAGAGGAAGAAGAAGGGCCUCAUGGGACACUAUAAUGCAGGGAUAAAAUCUUGGAUGCUGAUGUGUCACCACGACUUGGAGUUUUCAACCCUGGACAUGGAUAGAUCACAUGCAUUUACGAUGGUGGACACACACUCAGGUGCAGGUGUUACAUUUUUGUGUGUAAACCUCUGAAAACUGGCACAUUACCAUGUGGAUAUCCAAACCUACAAUAUUCACGUGAUUGUGACUUGGGAAACCGAUAUUUUGUAUUUUUUUUCCCAAAGCAUCACCUUGGGCUGGAGAAUGAGCUCUUAUUUGGGGCACAAGACAUCAAGAGCUCUGAUUUUAUAGUUUGCUUUCAUAAUUGCUGUCUUUCCUUAGAUGGACUGUCCAAGGGGGAAUCAGUACUCCCAUUGAGAUUGCAAGAAAAUCAUAUUUUAUUUAGAUUGUUUCAUGGUUAAAGUCAUAUUAUCUUUUCCUUUUUGUAGUCUGACAUCAUGCUUACAUGCACUUAUCUGCUGUGAUGCUAUGAGAGAUAUGAAAUUGGUCUCUCUGUGAGUACUGGAUGAAUGCCUGUACUCAAACUGCUGCUUCCCUUGAGCUGUUUUCUGUGUAACGUGGCUUACUGGAGAUUUGCACUAAAAGAGCUUUGCUUUCACUUGAUUUUCUUUUUAUUGACCAAAUCUUGUUACAUUCAAGCCAUAUGAACUUAUUUUUGAUGAAACUAGAGCUAUUUUUAUAUUCAUUGUACAGUCAUAGUAUCUCUUAUUAUGUAUAUAUAUAAAUGUCAUCUAUUUUUUAUGUAUUGGCACAGACAUCUACAGAGAGGCACCUGCACUAUUUUAUGUUAACUUUUUAUUUAGGAAUAUACUAUAUAUGAAAUUUUUUGCAACAUCUGUUAUUAUUCACAUGGAUACAAUCUAUUCUCACUCUUUGAGCCCUCCUCCCUUCCCUUUGGUUUUGUGACCCCUACAAAUGCCUGUGGGUCUCAGUGUGGGCGGGGCUCUCAGAGACCCCUCCCCAUCUCGACUGUUCCACCCCAGUCGCUACGUGCCUGUGUCUGCAGCAACAGCCUUCCUUGUUGUGACCACAACUCUGUUUCUCUGUUUUACGUGUCCUUGGCUAUCAGAGCGUUUCUCUUCUUCCAUUCCGCUUUAUAAUGCUGUGGUCUUCCUCCUCACAUUGGCCAAUUUCUGUAUGGCCACAUUCAUGGACCCAGGCAUCUUUCCCAGAGCUGAGGAAGACGAGGAUAAAGAGGAUGAUUUCCGUGCUCCACUUUAUAAGACGGUGGAGGUGAGAGGCAUUCAGGUGCGGAUGAAGUGGUGUUCCACGUGUCGCUUUUACAGACCACCUCGCUGUUCACACUGCUCCGUGUGUGACAACUGUGUGGAGGAGUUUGACCAUCACUGUCCAUGGGUGAACAACUGCAUUGGCAGGCGAAACUAUCGUCAUUUCUUUCUGUUCCUGCUUUCUCUCACUACACACAUAAUGAAUGUGUUUGGCUUUAGUCUGCUCUACAUCCUCCAUCACUCAAAACAACUGGACCAAGUCAACUCUGGAGUCACUAUGGCAGUGAUGUGUGUAGCUGGUUUGUUCUUCGUCCCGGUUGCGGGACUCACUGGGUUCCACAUUGUUCUUGUAGCCAGAGGGAGAACCACCAAUGAACAGGUGACUGGGAAGUUCAGAGGCGGCGUUAACCCUUUCACACACGGAUGUUUGAAAAACAUUGGAAACAUGCUUUGUAGUUCACAGGCUCCCAGAUAUGUCGGUCGGUUGCAAAAGCCUCAUUCUGUCCAAGUUCAGCCGCCGUUUCUGCGUCCCCCUGUAUAUGAAGCCCAGCUAGCAGCUAAAGUCCUGGAUAAUGGCAUCCAGCAGACUAAAAGUAGUCUGGAGAUAAUGGAGAGCCAGUCCACUGAUGCUGAUGCCCCUCCGCCACCCAAACCAGAGCACAGAUACCCAGGACUGCCUCACACACAACAUGAAGAGUGCAGCUUGCUGACAGAGGCUCCGCCAACACCUUCAUUGUAUAAAUACAGGCAGGCUUACAGCAGCCCAGGAAAAAACCACACAACAUCGGAACAUUCCAGCAAGAUGAGUCGAGGGACGAGUUUGACCGAGUCCCCCUCAGUCGCUAUCACCACCGGCCAGCCCAGCUACCUCUCAGACCCCAGUUUAUCAAGCCAGGGGGGUGCAGGGUGCCGUGGGGGAGGGGAGGGUGUCAGAGCAGGCUCGGGGGGGCUGGGAGGGGCCUCUGCAUUUGCUGGGCGUUCUUAUCCUUCUUUUACUGAUACCCUCCUCCAAUCCGCAGCAGUCUCUUGCUCCUCCAGCCUCCGCUCCACCCAUAUGGCACACAACACACUCGGGCCACUUAUUUCUGAGGACACAACCUCCACCAGUUAUAAGAGUUUAGCCAAUCAGACGCGCAAUGGCAGCCUGUCUUACGAAAGUCUGCUGACGCCCUCCGAAAGCCCAGAGUUUGAGUCUGCUGCUCAUGAGCUGUCCCUGCCCAGAACACAACCUCCGAACUCUCUUAGCACAGCACCAGGGGCCCUGCCUAUUUUAGGGUACACUUCCCCUUACAUGUCUGCUCAGCAGAGGGAGGGGUCUCUCCAGGCCUGCCCUGCCCCUCUUAGACCUUCCCCUAAUAGAGCUUUCCAGCGCCCAACAAGCUCACCUCCUUCUCGGGCUCCGCCCCUUUCUCCUUGUGCUCACUCAUUGUGCUCCCCUCCUACUGUCCCUGCCCCUGGCCAUAAACCUUUGGGCAAAUCACUGUCCUACGCGGGUGGUGCCGAAUUACAACACCGCCCAGCUAGCUCAGGGGGCGGGACUCCAAUGCCGAAGAUGACUUUGUGCUAAGCUCGACUCUUAGACAAAACGUGGCCAAUCAUAACACCCACUCACACAAACCUGCAGGAGGGGUGAAGAAAGUGACUGGUGUUGGAGGAACAACCUAUGAGAUUUCAGUAUGAAUGACUCAAACUUAAGAAUCAUGAUUCACUUCAACGUCGAUCAGACGGAUGCAGGGCUGCUAAACCACACAUGCAAAAAAGCAUACAAGACUUCAUCAGUCACUUUGGAGGACAUAAUCCACCUAAAUGGACCAGUGAAGAUGAAUCUUACAGCAUUGUGUUUUCUGAAUUUCAAUAUGGUACACAAAUACCAACUUUUUUAGUUAUUCAAAGAAUUAUUUGGUACCAAUUUGUACACUGGACUGUUCAAUGAUUUCUGGAUAUUCAUUCUUAAUAGGCGGGACCAUAUGAGGCACACAGUCAUGCAUAAUGACUGAUGUCUCUUUGACUUCAACAAAGACCACAGGCCUCACAACAGUCAACCAAUUAGCAUUUGAAACACUUACUAUAUAAAUCAUUUUCAGACUUCAUAUUCCACAGCUUUUUAUGUUAGGCAGAAUGUUUACAUUGUUUACAUUUCCAUGCAAAGUGAAUGAGGACGGCCACUUUUGAGAUCCAAAAAUGACCCUUGUGUGAUGUAUUCCAAGUCUUCUGAAGCAAUGCCAUAACUUGUUAGAGGAACAGACCGAAAUGUAAAUUAACUGAAAAUCACCCCCUUCACCCCAGCUCUCAAAUCUCAGUGCCAUUCGGUAUCAUUAAUUUCAAACUUGGGAUGGCAUAACAUACGAUUUUGAUAACAAUUCAAAAAUAUAGAAAUAUCGAAUUUUCAUUUUUAGUGAAAUAACCCUUUCUUUCUUUUUUCUUUUUUUUUUUGGUCCAUAGUUUUUUUCUGAAUAUAAUUUUAUACAGGUACAGAUAUAUUAUUCUAAGUAUUAAGUUUGAUAAAGAAGAUAGUUAUAAGAUGCAGGCUUAUGAUUUGUGAUUGUUAUUUAAGUGGUGUUUGUCUCGAUGUAAAUGGCUGCAUCAGCCAGAUGGAUUUUUCAGCUAAAGAGACGAGUCUGGUCAUGGACCCUGUUCCUCAGAUAGCAUGCUUGGUAGGAGUUAAUGUAUCUAUAAAGACACACCAUUCAAGUUACUAGAGCACAAAAUGUUUGGUGGAAGGUUUUUGUUAUUUUAAAUACUAAAGAUAUCAUAUGCAAAAUGUAACUUAAGCAUUGAGUUCAUCCAAUCAAGAGCCAUACUCUCUUGGUGUAGAUGAUUGGCCAAUCACAUGAGAAUGUAUACAUGUAGUAUAAAUGCUGGAUGCACAAUCAAGUAGAUGAUGACUUUGAAACUUAAAUGAAUUAUUUUAUGUUGUUUUUUCUUUUUCUGAAUUUUCUUUUUUAAUAAACAGCCAGCGUACAAACAUAAUUCCAUUCAUUAUCUCCUCAUAGAUAUAUGAGGCUUAUUGUUUUUGUGAGUGAUUUGAAUGUGUGAGUGUGGAAUUAUGAUAAAACCUGACUGAGCUACAAGAACACAUUCCAACUGUAGUUUUGGUUCAGCUAAGAGGUCGCCUAUUUGUGGUUCACAUGUUUUGUCUGGCUUUUGAGGUUUAAGAACCAGCGACUGGACAGAGUAAGAUAUAAACAACUUAUGAGACACAUGCAAGUGUUAUAUAUAUAUACUGUAUAUCUUUUGACAUUUCCACCAUGGCCUUCUGAUGCCUUUUUAACUGUAAUCAAGGGUUUGAGAAUGGUCAAUCUGCAUAUUGCCUGUGAGAGGUGAUGGUUAGAGGAGUGUUGUUGAGUUUUAGAAGAAGAAUAAUGCUGACUCUUUUAACCCUUCCUUUAAUGCCACUGUCUCUGAGUCACAUGAGCAUCACAUUUUCAAGGGAAAAAUAAAUAAUACAAGAACA